UUACUUCAAAGAUGGCGAAGAUCAAUUAACUUUUAAAAUCGGAAUAAAUUUCAUAAAAUUUCCAGUAGAAAGAUAAUAAUUUAUAUUUUUAAUACGUGAUGACAUCCAUUCAUUGUAUAGUCCAUCCUUUACCUGGAACAGAUGACCAGUUGAACGAUAGAUUAAGAGAAGUUGCAGAAAAAGUCAGCCAUCAUGGUUUUGUCAGUUCACCAGCAUUUAGAGCCAUCAGAAAUCUUACUGUCACACAAUGUGUUGUUGGACCAACUUAUAUCGCAUUACUCCUUGAGGAUGGUAGAGUUUGCAGAAUUCCAUUCAGUAUUGUUACAGAUAAGCUUGAUCUUAACAAAUCAGACACCAAAACGACUAUCAAGAGAGAUAGGAGUGAAAGAACAGCUCCUUCCAGAGGUGGUGGAACCUUAAUUGUAGAAAGUCCUAUGGUUUUAGUAUCAGAUAUACUUGGAUCAGGGGCUGAACAGAGCACUGGGCGAUGGGGAAGUACUGUGACAGGAGCUACUGCUACAACCAGGAGUACCAGUGGAAGCUCAGGAGCUCAACAAGCAUUCAGUCGGCAGAUGCAGAGAUCCGCCCAUGUUGGACGAGGUCGAAGGUCAGGGGUUAUAGUUGGCACAAGGCCAAUGGUCCCAGCUUCUGUUGUUCCAGAAGAGUUAAUUAGUCAGUGUCAAGUUGUAUUACAAGGGAAGUCGAGGAACUUAAUCAUUAGAGAAUUACAGAGGACAAAUCUGGAUGUAAAUCUUGCCGUGAACAACUUACUGAGCCGUGACGACGAGGGUGAAGAUAACGAUGAUGACAGCCAGGAAUCGUACAUGCCUGAUGAUCUCAUGUCAUUAUUAGAUAGUGGUAUGCACUCUGACCACCCUGGGGUUAUCAUUGAUGCAGAUGCCAUGUAUAAUGAAGAUGUGUUCGGUUAUUAUUCUACUCUCAGGAGCCGUGGGUCUGGAACACGGUCCAGAUUAGGUGAUAGAGAUGUGGAUUUAGAUAGAUCUAGAGAAAGAGAAUCCAUUUUUAGAAUCCGGGAAAGACGUAGACUUGAUACCACCUUGAGAGAGGAAGCCAUGAAAGCAUUGGAUCGUGGGAAGACUGACAGUUUAGACGCUGAUGGUUUGAAGAAACAAAGACCGCCAACAGAUAGUCCACUGAACUUUGGUGAAGAUUUACAGUUCUUUACUGAAAGGGAUGGAAGUUCUGGUAGAUUUUCUCACAUUGCUGCCAUGCACUCAGAACUGGUGUGUGUAGGAACUAAUGGUAACCUGUACAGCUGGAAAUGGAAUGAACCAGAACCAUAUAGACAUCCUGAGAAUCCAAAUAUACGCCACCCAAAAGUAGUUCCACUGGGUCUGCAGCAUGAGAAGAUAAUUGGCAUGUCAGCAUGUAAUGUGAGGGCAUCAGUGUUCACAGAGACACACCGUGUGGCAACAUGGGUCGAUGAAACUCUCAACAAAGUAGCAUCCAAGCUAGAACAUGCAGUACAGACCUUCCCAGAAUUCCUCACAGACAAAAUUGUCUCCCUUCAUACAUGUUCCCUGUACACAUGUGCUAGGUUGGAAAGUGGAGGGCUGUAUUGGUGGGGUGUGAUGCCAUUUGGUCAGAGAAAGAAAAUGGUAGAAAGAACAAGAACGAAGAAGAAAAAGAGCAAGGACACAUCUUCCUUCUCAACUUUUAGCUCUAGUGAUGUAAUAACAGGAUCAUUAGUGUGUCUGCGCAGUUCUCCAAUGUACCAUAUAGGUGCUCUAGCUUUUACCUCGGUAGAUGGAGUACCUAAAGUUGGUCAGCUUCUGGAAUCAGCUUGGUCACUUAAUGAUUCAUGUAGAUUUAAAAUUCUUAAAAACAUUGUUAGUGAAUUAAAACCUGAGCCUAAAUUUGAGGUGAGACCUCCUGAAAGUAAACCAGACAUGCCUCCUCCGCCUUCACCAGAUUCUUCUACGUGUAGUGAUCACAGUGGAACAUCUCUAGUCAGUCCAGCUUCUCUAAAAAGAAAGAAAGCACCAACACCUAUAAAGGAGUUUGAAAAGAAAGAUGAAGAAGCAUGGCCACUUAAGAAUGUUAUCUUUGUAGAGGAUGUUAAAACUGUACCUGUUGGUAAAGUUGUAAAGGUUGACGGAGAUUACGCAGCUGUCAAAUUUCAGACAAAAGAUGAACCUCCCAGCAAAGAUGAUCUAACUACCCUACUCCAAGACUGCAGAUUACUAAGGAAAGAUGAUCUACAGGUGGUGAAAAGUGUAAAUGCCCCACGCUUGCCAGAUUGCUUCCAGAAAACCCCAAAGAAAGUGACAUUAUCAGAGAAUGGUCAGAUAUUGGCUGUGGCUGUAGAUUCUGAAGGAAUACAUGUAAUAGCUCGAUCAGGAUCUAAACUUAGUUACAUGGUCUACAAUCUAACGUCUGGAAAGGUAGACCAAGAUGCACCAUUCCCAACAGACACACAAGCAUUCAUGGGAAGUCUCCGUAGUGACAUCACACUUCACAACACAGGAGAUGAACUUCUAGUCCAGCUUAGAGAUGGUAACGGUGCUAUAUAUCCUCUUGCCAAGGAUAGUAAUGAUGGGAUACGUGAUCCCAUGUGGUUAAACCUUCCACCAAUCAGAUGUCUCGGAAUGAGGGUCCAGGGACUUACCAAUACUAUACUUAAUCAGAAAAACAAAGCAGCUGUCAUUGUACUGGCUGUUGAGCAUCAAACAUUGAUACAACACGUUUUACGCUGUGAUUUGGAGAAAGUCAAAUCAAUCCUGUCAACAUUAGAACAAGAUCAGAGUACUCCAGGCGGUCAGAAUCAAUUGAAAGAUAUAUUACAUGAGCACUGUGAUGGCAACAGAAAUAUUAUACAUACAUGUAUAGCUAUGUGUGUACCAACUUCUAAUAAAGAUUAUGACGCAGAUCCACCCAGUCUGCCUACAACAACAUCGUCUAGUAGUCCUUUCACAUCAGCUCUAGAGGCCAUUAAUGCUGUCAGUAGUGCAGUGGAUGCUUUAGCUGCCAUUCAGUCUAGAAGUUCUCAUUCAGAGCCUAGGAGAAACGAAAUGAUAAGAGAUAUGAUGAGGAUAACUACAGUGGCCAGACCUAGGAGUAGUACAGGGUCCAGAGCAGGAUUGGACAUCAGUGAUUCAGACCGAGAGAGUGAUCCAGGGAUAUGUGUUCCUACAUUGUCUUGGCCGCCAGACCCACCAACUUAUGCUGAGUCAUUGUAUAUGGAUACAGGAUUACCCCACCCUGUUGGUAACAUGGGUCCAUUGGGUCCUCCAGAGUUCAGCACUGUGUGUGUUCCUCCAGUGAAAAUGGAUGAGAAAGAACGCAGGAACAAAGCCAAUCAAAUUCUUAAAAUACUGUGUGAUUCUCCAGUAUUACAGCAGCAUUUACCAGGUCUUUUGUCUGCAAAAAAUGCAGAGGGAUUAACUCCCUUUAUGCAGUCAGUUCGAGGCUGUGCCUACCAGGGGGCACUUGUUAUCCUUGACACAUGUAGAAAGUUGACCAGUAAGGACGACACAGACAAAACAACAUUCAUGAAGAUGAUUUAUCCACCAGGAUCCACCCUGGAUAGUUCUCCACUACAGAUGUUAUGUUGUAAUGACACGUGUAGUUUUACGUGGACGGGGAGAGAACAUAUUAAACAGGAUAUAUUCGAGUGUAAGACAUGUGGGUUGACUGGUUCCUUGUGCUGCUGUACAGAGUGUGCAAGGGUGUGUCAUAAAGGACAUGAUUGCAAAAUGAAGAGGACCUCACCAACUGCUUACUGUGACUGCUGGGAAAAAUGUAAAUGUAAAAGUCUAGUUGCUGGACAACAGGGACCCAGGUUUGACUUGUUGAGCAAAAUACUAACAGACACAGAUCUGGUUACUCUCCCUAAUAGCAGAGGGGAGAAUAUUUUACUGUUCCUUGUACAGACUGUUGGUCGACAACUAGUAGAACAGAGACAGUAUAGGCCGGCUAGAACUAGAGCUCCAGGGACCAGAAAUAAAACUUUGGCCCAAGAAUUAGAUAUGGAGAUGCCAGAACAUGACCUUGAGCCCCCAAAGUUUAGUCGUAGAGCAUUAGAAAGAAUUCUGAACGACUGGACAGCCGUUAAGGCUAUGAUACACAGUGGGAAGAAACAGAACACAAGUUCCCCAGAUGUUGUGUAUGAAGAUCAGUUAUAUUUGGACAGUCAAAGUGGCACAGCUCAUUUGGACAAGUUUACACACAAUCUGUUGGUCAAGUGUAGUGUAGAGAUGUUGGAAACACUACUGACAACAUUGAUCAGAGAGAUGCAGAAUGAUAAUACUGAGGGUCGUAAAGCCGAGGCAAAAACUGUGGCUCGUAGAUUUGUACGAUCGGUAGCAAGAAUCUUUGUUGUCAUUAGUAUUGAGAUGUCACCUGAUGCUAACAAAAAAAAAAGUUCAACAUCUAAGUCAUGUGAAGCAUUAGUUAGAUGUAAAAAGGCUUUCCAAGCUUUGAUAAACAUAGCCAUUGAAGAACUUUGUGAGAUUGGCAACUCCCUGAUUGCUCCUGUAAGAAUGGGAGUCACAAGACCUACUGCUCCAUUCUCAUUGGUCAGUGGAAAUAUUGAAGCUGUACAGGGAAGUGAGGAGAUAUUCAAUGUUGACCCACUUCCAGCCAGAACUAGUUCUUCAGACACUGGUACUGGUUCAUCUUACAUUUCUCACUCAAAUGUGCUACCAUCACACCAGAGCAACAGGGAUCCAGUUGAAAGAGAUGACGAUGAGAUAAUGCAAGCAGACGUUGAAGAGGUUGAGGUUGUUGAUGGGUUGGAAAGAGAUGAUGACGGAUCAGAUAUUGAUCAUAAUGAGGACCACCAAUCAGAACACUCAGAUCAGGAUCAAGGUCAUGGUGACCAUGAAGAAGGUGCUGCUGAAAGUGACAUGGACUUGGACUUGUUGGCAGAAUCAGAGAGCGACAGUGAAAGUAGUCAUAGCAACCAGGAUAAUGUCAGUGUACAGAGGAGUGCUGUUACUGCAGCAACAGCGGGUUCAGAUGCAGGAACAGGACCAUUAAGUCUCGCCCAUUUCUCAGAAGACAGUGGUGACUCUCCAGACUCGUCAAAUCAAGAGGAUGAUUAUGAGAGCGACGAAAACCAAAGUGAGGCUAAUGAUGCAGACGAUAUGAAUUUUAUUGAUGAACAGUUAGAAAGAUGUAAUACAUCAGGGAGCCAUGGUCAGAGAACUCUUCAAGCACCACAGACCAUGCAGUGGGCCAUCAGACAGAGGGACACAACAUCCUCCAGACCAACACCUUCUGCUGCUACUAAUACUACCUCUGGUGGAACAAGCGGUCUGAUAUACAUUGAUCCCUCAACAUUACGGAGAACCACAACUGUGACCACUACAUCUGCCCAAAGUCAUGACAAUGCUGUAACCAUGACUACCACUGCCAGCCAGCUUGCCAGAGGGUUCGGAAUAAUAGUUCGUCAGAUUGCUGACCUUCUUACCAUGUUACAGGAUUACCAUGCAUUAGCUCCAGGAUUGCCAAGGACGCUAGAUAUAUCUGACCAAGAAGCUAUAGAUUUACAUUUUUUCUCUGAGUGGAAUUUACGCCAUACCUGGGAAUGGUUAUUUGAUGUGAUGGACUCAACAGAAGCUCAGCUGAGAUUUGGCUCGGCAUUGAGUAACACCUCAGAUCAAUCUAACCCCGUGCAUCCACUUCACUCCAACUACGUCAGGACUCAGAGGGAAAGAAACAAUCAGGAAGAAUCUCAUCCAAUAUCACAAUUCUUAGAGAGACGUAGAGCAAGAUUCGGUACUAUAGCUUCAGCUGAUGGCAGUGUUGCUAGGAGAGACUUUCUUAACUAUGCAUUGUCAUUGAUGAGGUCACAUAAUGACGAGCAUUCAGACUCACUUCCAAGUUUGGACAUAUCGGCUAUGCGUCACGUUGCUUAUGUCUUCGAUGCGUUGAUAUAUUACAUGAGAAGUGGGACAGAUUCUGACACUGACGUGAUACGUGAUGGAAUAUCGGUGAUAUCAUGUGAUCACGAUGAAAAUGAAAAUGAGGAAGACAAUGAUGAAAUAACAGGAAACAGUUUGUCUGGAGUUGAAAAUGAAAGUAUGGAUGGUGAGAGUGAGACGACUGGAAAGUCUGGCAGAAAACAUCCAUUUUUCCAUCGUUCUGAAUCUACGAUAUUUUUAGGAUGUCCUCCUCCAGAUCCUUUUAAAACACCUUUAGUAGAAGCUCUCCCAUUGGCUGACCAGCCACACCUUCUCCAUCCAAAUUCAAGGAGAGAAGAUUUGUUUGGAAUGGCCAGACAAACAGUAACUGCUGUUAGUUCAUGUGAAACUAAAGUUCAGCCUGCAUUCACUGAGCCAUGGAACCUGUCUGAUAAAGUUCCAGUCCGUAUGGCAUUGACUGCCAGGCUGUCUGACAUACCUGUUCCUACUGCAACAACAGCUGUGCCGGGUACCAGUUCAACCACAGCUCCACCUGUGACAACAUCUGCCACAGACUUGUCAUAUAAUAAUGCUAGUGUCAUAGUCAAACCUCUGUCUCAUAUCCCAUCAACUAGUUCCCUGUUUAAUCAGAAUCUACCGGGACCAUCUCAAAGUAGUAGAGUCCCGGAGGCACCAUUUCACAAUAGAUUUCCCACUGAGGAACCAAUGAACUUAUCUUCAUCUCAUGAUGCCAGUCUUUCUAGUGACUUAUCUCAAGCAGACACACAGUCACUGGAGCAGAAAAUAGAAGGGCAACAAGCUAGUGUUAUUGUGCAUGCCAGUUCUGCACAAGCCUCUUCGUCUGUUUCAAAGCUGUCGUCUGCCAGCUCCACUUCCUCUCCAUUAAAGUCUUUGUUGGCUUCUCAAGAUGAUAAAAUCACUUCUGAAUUUCCUUCUCAGUCUUCACAUGAAAGGUCAGACAGUGAAUCCAAAGGUCAAAGUUCACAGAGUGUAAGGUCAGAUGAAACCCCUUGCAGUAUGGACACUGUUGUAUCAGGAAGUGGUUUGUCAACAGAGGGCAGCACUGGUCCACAGACUAGUAGUACUCUAAGUGGAAGUCUUGGUGCAAGUGUACCCAGUUCAAGUACAGAAGGACCUGUAGAUAUAGUAGGAGCCAAUGAAAAUGUUGCUAACACUGUUGUGAUAGAAACAUCUCAAGCCUCCACAUCUGGCUUGUCACCAGCUACUGCGCCGUUUCCAUUUACAUCAACAAGACAGAAUCCAAUUGGUCAACAAUUGUCACAUGAUGUUCUCUUAGGAAGAUGGCGUCUGGCUUUAGACUUAUUUGGGCGUGUCUUCUGUGAUGAUGUUGGGGCAGAACCUGGAUCUGUGAUUAGUGAGUUAGGGGGAUUCCCUGUGAAAGAAAGUAAAUUUCGCAGAGAAAUGGAAAAGAUUCGUAAUUCUCAACAGAGAGAUUUAACACUUGAGGUAGAGAGGGACAGAAACCAGUUAAUUGUCCAGUCUUUCAAGCAGCUAAACAAUCAGUUCAACCGAAGAACAAAUACCAGUGGUCAACCAUUGGCUGUACAUAGGGCAAAGGUUACGUUUAAGGAUGAGCCUGGAGAAGGCAGUGGAGUGGCUAGGAGUUUUUAUACUGCUAUUGCUAAUGCUGUAUUAUCACAAGAGAAGUUACCCUCUUUAGAUGGUGUUAUGGUUGGUCAGAAAUCAUCAUCAUACAACCUGAUUCAAAGAGCAAGAUCUAGGGACAAAGAAAGACAAAGACAGCAAGCCAACAUCCAAAGACGUAGAAGUCGUGACAGAGAAUUAAGAUCUACAUUAUCAUUGGACGCUCCACCAUUUUAUAUGCCCUCUGACCCCGCUGGAACAAACAAUAACAGCACACCUACCACAGUUCCCUCUAGUGAGAGUUCGUCUGUGACAGAUAGCGGAAGUGACACGAUAUCUCAGUACAGACGACAGCUCGGUGAACGGUUAUAUCCAAGAGUUAGUGCAUUACAAGCUUCUUUGGCCCCAAAGAUCACAGGUAUGUUGUUAGAACUGUCUCCUGCACAACUACUGCUGAUGUUGACGUCAGAAGAAACACUACGACAGAGAGUGGAGGAAGCCGUAGAACUUAUUCAGUCACCAGGAAGAGAAUUGAGUGCUGAAGCAUUGUUAGAUUUAGAUAUAUUUAAUUUAUCUGCAACGGAUAAGAAGAAGAAAGUAACAGAUAAACGUAUGGAUAUAGAUGAUGAGGAAGACUUAGAUGAUAGCUCACCUUUAUUUUGGCAACCUGGAAAACGUGGCUUUUACUCCCCACGACCAGGAAAAAACUCACCAGAAAGACUCAAUGCAUUUAGGAAUGUUGGAAGAAUAAUUGGUUUAUGUUUGUUACAAAACGAGAUGUGUCCGCUGUUCUUCAAUCGUCACGUUCUGAAGUUUAUCCUUGGACGUAAAAUUGGCUGGCAUGACCUGGCAUUCUUUGAUUCUGUGAUGUAUGAAAGUUUACGACAAUUGGUGCUAGACUCUGAGAAAAAGGAUGCCAGUUUGUUAUUCACUGCCCUAGAUAUGAAUUUCUGUGUGGAAAUGAACCCAGAAUUGGGUGGCGAGUCAGUAGAACUAAUCCCCGGUGGUGCUGAUAUUGAGGUGAAUGCUCAGAAUGUACAUGAUUAUGUAAGACGAUAUGCUGAACUUAGGAUGGUCAAAGUGGCUGAGAAAGCUCUUAAGGGUUUACAACAAGGUGUGUUUGAUGUUAUACCAGCCGCUAACUUAGAAGGACUGACUUCAGAAGAUUUACGAUUGUUGCUGAAUGGUGUGGGAGAUAUUAAUGUACAGACUCUAAUUAGUUAUACAUCAUUUAAUGAUGAGAGUGGUGAAGGUAAUGAUAAAGUACAAAGAUUCAAAAGAUGGCUGUGGUCUGUUGUGGAAAAAAUGAAUAAUCAAGAAAGACAAGAUUUGGUAUAUUUCUGGACAUCCAGCCCAGCUUUGCCUGCCAGCGAGGAGGGAUUCCAACCAAUGCCUAGCAUUACGCUUCGCCCGGCAGACGACGACCACCUGCCAACAGCUAACACCUGCAUUUCAAGACUUUAUAUUCCGUUAUAUUCAUCAAAAAUUAUUCUACGAAGUAAACUGUUAUUAGCAAUUAAAACCAAAGCAUUUGGUUUUGUAUAAUGAGAAAGAACAUUGACAAUACAGUGAAUAGUGUUGAAUGUUAGCCACUAAUGAAUUAAUUUGCCAUUUUAUAUUGAUUUGGACUUUUGGGAGUAAAACUGUCUUGAUUAUUAGUUUGGUUAUCUCUACUGUAUAAACUCUCAAGUAUCUAGAGAUUAAUCCCUCAAAAAAAGGAUGAAACAGGAUUUUAUCUUGAAUUUUAUACUACAAGCAUUCAGAGUCAAAAUUUUACAAAGACUAAAAUAUUUUUUAUUUACCAAAAUAUGCUUUGUUAUGAUUUAGUUAACAGCUAUAGAAAAUUACAGAGGGAUUUUG